CACGUCUUUUCUCCCAUCCCUUCAGUCUCUGUCCUUCGCGGCGUUCAGGGGAGCACCACCACCGACACCGACGACGGCACUGACAGGAGAUAGGGUAGGCUGGAGACGUGCAUCCCAAAUCCCAACGGUAUCAUCCCAGUCCAAACGCUAAAAGACUGCGCUUGACGAACGCCAGAUCAGACCCCCUCCACUCCCGAGCGUCCCGAACGUUUCCAACGUCUUACCGUUUCGAACAAUCGCCAACACCUCGCCGCCUCGAUACCGUUCCCAGGGGACCGUGCGUGACAACAUCGGACGACGAUCCAAAGAUCGUGUUCCAGCAACGAACCUAGGGAUUUACGCUCGGGAGAUCGGAAUCCAGGCCUGCUCGGCUCCUCCCCCUUGCACCACCCCUCGUCGUUGCUUUCCCUAUUUCCUAAUUCCUCAGCCAUGACCUCCGCAACAAGUCGUUCCUUGGGGACCACCACGGACAAGACGACCGUCGUUUCUCGUCGUAUCGCGCCUCUCGCAUCUAUCAUCAUUUUGGCCUCUUUCCCUACGGCCGUGUUGGCUCACGAUCAUGGCGAGAACAAGAUACCGGAGGGGCACGUCGUCUCCCCUGAGCCGCUGGAUGCGACAUUAUGGGUGCACAUUUUCCUCAUGAUGCUAGCAUUUGGUGUGAUCUUCCCGGUCGGCAUGGUCCUAGGAGUAGCUAAAAACCGCUGGCACGUCCCGACACAAGCCCUCGGAACCGUCAUCGCCAUCGUCGCCUGGUUUCUCGGCCACGCCCACAAAGGCCGCCAGUUCGUCUCCGGCAACGUCCACGCCCGAUUCGCCAACAUCCUCAUGUUCCUCCUCGCCGGCCAGGUCGUUUUCGGCGGCUACCUGAAGCUACACCUGGAAAAGGGGAUCCACGGGCGCAUCCGCCGCGUGGUCCGCCCGUUGCACGGCGUCCUCGGCAAGGCCAUGCCCGUCCUCUCCUGGACCCAGAUCGUUUUCGGUGUCAUCACCGCCCUCGGCUUCUGCCAGGGCGACCACCUGGGCCAGUGCGCCGCCCACUUCAUCAUGGGCUCCGCCUUCAUCGCCUACGGCAUCCUCCUCACCCUCGUGCUCCUGGUGGGGCAGCUCUGGCUCCGCCGCACCGGCCGCUCGCAGGAGUUUUUCGAUAGUGCCGUCAUCGCCGCCUGGGGCUGCGUCAACACGUUUACCGAGCACCGCUGGGGCACCGGCUGGGUCAAGAACGACUGGCAGCACACCACCAUGGGCGUCAUCUGGUGGUCCGCCGGCCUCGCGGGCAUCUGGCUCAGCCGCGACCGGGACGGGAAUCCCAAGCGCAACUUCAUUCCCGCUUUCGUCAUUGCCGUCACCGGCUGGGGCAUGUCCGCUCACCCGCAGGACCUCCCCGUCAGCGCCAUGACCCAUUCCAUGUUCGGCAAGACGCUGAUGGCCACUGGUCUUUCUCGCAUUAUUGAAAUCGCGUUUGUUUUGAAAGAUAAGCCGUCUCUGUCCGAUGACGGUCGGCAGUACAAUAGCUGGCAACUUAUUCCUGUUUUUCUCCUCUACGCCUCCGGUCUCCUCUUCAUGGGCGCCACCGAGGAACAGAUGGACCUCGUCGCCAGCUCGUCCAUGGACCACAUCUCCUACAUCCUCAUUCUUUACUCACUAGCCUUCCUUAUGUUCCUCUUUGUCAACAUAAAUAUCACCAUGUAUGACUACAUUAGCAAUGCCCAGGGCAAGGUUGUCCUGGCCAACGGGGAAGCACCACAAGCCAACGGCCAUCACCGAUCAGUUUCCGAGACGAGACAGCUGCGAGAUGCGGAGGAGUUUGAGCUGGAGGGCUUGAUUAGCGACGAAGAGGAUGAGAGGAAGAAACCGAGACGCCGAGCCGAUGAUGACGAUAGUUUGGAUAGCCCGGGCGCGACUGGCGCGGGCGCAAGUGGUGGCCGGGUGGCUCUAUAGCACGGAAUAUGCUCCGAAGAUCUCGGCUGGCAAGUUUUGGGACUUUUUGUUACCGUUGUCAUAUCCGGUGUUUGUGGACGGGCGUUUUUUCCGCUGCAAUGGUAACUUGACCUGGAAAUGUCUUGAAACCCUUACUGAGCUCAAUUAUGACGGGUAC